UGUUUAACAUUUUAUCGUUAAGGCUAAUAAAUAGGCAUUGUUAUCAUAGAUACGUGAUAAUUGGUGGUUGUGUAGCGAGAAAUGAACAGCACUAAUUGCGGUUUAUUAAAGAGUCAUCACGAUGUUUCAACUUCAUUGGAUGACUAAUUUCGAUUAGUAACUCUUCAAGUUAAAAUUUAAUCAAGCCAUUAAAGCCCUUUUCUUCAAUUGCUCAACCGCACGGAAACAUAUCAAACAAAGACGAAUUUUUUUUAUAAGUUUCGACCCGAUGGAAUUACCGAAGUGAAGGUCAAAAUCACGAGUGAAGGUAGGUGCAACAAAAAAUUAAUAACAAAUCCCAAGAAGUAUUAAUAAUUUGUGACGAAUAGUUUAUUAAUAGUAAGAGUAAAUGUUAGGAUCUAUUUAUAAUAUGGCAGAUAUAAAGACUGAAAAUGUUAAGACCAUCCAUUCAAAAUAGUAUACUACAGAAACUGCCAGAUGAUAGACCAAUAACGUCAAUUGCCAUUAUUGAAAAUCUUGACAAGUGCCCAAGGGGUUUUCAACCCAUCAGUAAAACCCAUGAUCAGGACCAAGUCGCGGAUCUGAGGGAGAGCUCAAUUUUUAAAAGCAGUUCGGCCCGCUAUCUUUGUUUCUCAAAAACAGAAGGCAUACCGAACUUUGUGAUUGAAGAUUUGAGAAUAAUCACAGAGAAAAACAAGCCACCACAGGGUUUUAGUGUAUUAAACAGGACCACAGACUCUGAGCAGAAGCCUUGGAGGAAGAAGCAGUUAUGUUUUAAGUUGGUGAAUAGGAAGAGUAUCAAAUCUGCUGUUACAGACAUCAUUGUUUGCAACAGGUUAAAAGUUGCACCCCUUGAAUUUAAAUUAGCAGGGGAGUUGAACGGUAUAUUAAUUUGCUACAAAAUGGGCAACGUACAAGACGGUCACUCAAACGGCGAUGCAAACACUCCUCCGGAACGUCCGCCUCGUAGCGGCGUACCCGCUUCCAACAAUCCCGUAUACCCCUCGUUGGCCGGCGACUCCGAUCACGACUACGAGAUCCUGAUGCCGCCCUCGGGACCGACGCGGCCGGCACCGCUGCCACCCGCUCCCGCUCCACCCCAUCUGACACACCAGGGUUCGGUGUCGAAUUGUCACACGCUGGGCGGUGCGACUAACGGUCUCGAGGGGGUGCCAUUCGUCAUCAAUCCUAGGUUCUCUGUUGCCUCACAGAAGGAUAAGCCACAGUAUCCUGUGAUUCGAGCCAAAACAAUGCAGCAAAUAUUAAAGGAAUAUGAUUACCCAUUUACAGUGGAAAGGAGCUUAAUCUGAUGAUUUUAUAUAUUAUUAAUUGGAACUGAUAUUCCAGGAAAAAUUUACCCGUCUAUAUAAACUAAUAUAAUUAUACAGAAUAGUUGUAGACUAGAUUAUUAUUGCCAGAAGAACACGUAUGACUGAUAGUAAUUGAAAUUAGGUGUGAUAAUCAAAUUGAUUAAAAAUUAAAUUAUAUGUUACUGUGUUA